UUUCUGUUUAAAUUUUAGGAAAAGGAGAGAGAAAUUUUAUAUUUUAUCAAUAAAAUCUCUAAUUCUCCUAAUUGAAUUCUUAUAAAAAAGUUUUUAAAAAGAUAAAAGAAGGAUAUUUUCUAAAAAUUUUCCAUCUUUCUUUGGAUGGACAAGCUUAUGAUCUUGUUUUCUAUCUGAUAAAAAAAAGGAGAGAAAUAUUCGGAAAAUAAAAAAAGACUGCUUGCAGGUAUCUCUUCGUAGAAAUUUGAUCCCUUGGAUGGAUUUUUAUAACGUAUUUUUUUUUUUUAUAACAAAGCUAUUUACUCUUCGUUUGUUUUUGAAUAAAAAAAAAAAUUAUUUGCAUCCAUAUUGUAUUUAUGCUUCUCUAAUCAAAUGAGAGGUAAAACAUAAGGAAAAAAUUGUGUUAUUUUCUACCCCUAUUUUCCUUAUUUCAAAUUCAAAAGUAUUUCCCGAACAAAGCUGUAAUAAACCGGCCAAUCAAAAAAGAAAAGGGGAAAAAAAGGAGAAGCAGCAAAAUUCCCUAGUUUAAUUAUCAUCUCGUUUUUUUCCUUUCGCCGUCUAUCUCUAGAUAUUGGCGCUCCGCAUCAACUUUAGAAGAGAGCAACGAAGCUUCCCUUAGCUUGCUCUCUAUCUCGAGAUGCGUCGCUCUGCAGCCAGGAAAACGGGUCAAUCCAAUUCCACCGCUCCGAUCACUUCUUCAGCUACGGAUCUUUUUCGCUCCGCCAAUUUUCAGAUUGAACCUUUGAGUUUUGAUCUGUCCCUUUUAUUAAGCCUCAAGUAAAGCAUCUUCGAAAGAAAUGGAGCGAAUUGAUAACUUAUUCUACUCCUAUGCAAAUAGGUCUUCUGGUUUGAUCGACCCAGAAGGAAUUGAAAACCUAUGUUCAGAUAUGGAGGUGGAUCACACUGAUGUAAGGAUCUUGAUGCUAGCUUGGAAAAUGAAAGCUGAAAAGCAGGGAUACUUUACGCUGGAGGAGUGGCGAAGAGGUCUUAAAGCGCUGAGGGCUGACACUGUAAAUAAAUUAAAGAAGGCCCUCCCAGAGUUAGAGAAAGAGGUGAAGAGGCCAUCAAACUUUGUGGAUUUCUAUGCCUAUUCAUUCCGGUAUUGCUUAACAGAGGAGAAACAGAAGAGUAUAGACAUAGAGAGCAUCUGCCAGUUACUGGAUCUUGUUUUAGGAUCUCACUUCCGAGCCCAAGUUGAUUAUUUCAUUGAGUACCUAAAGAUUCAGAGUGAUUACAAGGUCAUAAACAUGGAUCAAUGGAUGGGCUUUUAUCAUUUUUGCACCGAGAUAAGCUUUCCAGAUCUCAGUAAUUAUGAUCCAGCACUUGCAUGGCCUUUGAUCCUGGAUAAUUUUGUAGAAUGGAUGCAAGAGAAAAGGACUUAAAACCUACUAUCCUUAGGUCUACUCAAAUCCUCUACUGUAAAACCAUCGUUUUUAUUGAAGACUGUUGAAACUACACACAUAAAAAAAACUCCAGCAGCAUGUUUUAUUUUCCCAUGUUAAAUUUAAUUUUCUCCUUUUACAAACAUUAAACUCUUUCAGAGAGUGGAAAUUUCUUACCUUGACAUUGUUGUUGCAGCUUUCAUCAUUGAUGCUAUAAUUACUCUCCACAAAUGUCAUUGAUUUACUAUGAGAGUGGAAAUUGUUGAUGCAGCUUUCCUCAUUGAUAUUAUGAUUACUCGCCAAGUGAACUAGCUACUAGAGUGAAUUUGAGCUGAUUUUGGGUUGAGUUGGCUAUGAUUUUGGGUUGAUUUUAUGUGGAGUGGGCCAUCUUAAAUAGCCUGGGAUUGUGGUUGAGUACUUUCUCUAUAUCAUUGAAGAAUAUACGUGCCCGGAAAUUUUUAUUUUUAAAA